AUGCGGUUUGGGAAAAAGGUCAAGUUAAGCCAUAGGUUCAUUGGGCCUUUCGAGAUUCUUCGGAGAGUGGGUAAGGUGGCUUAUGAGCUUGCGUUGCCACCAGGUUUUUCAGCAGUCACAGUCCAGCUGGACAAAGAUUUGACCUACGAGGAGGAGCCAGUAGCUAUUAUAGACCGACUGGUCUGUAAAUGCGAGCAUCACAUUUCCGAAGAUGUUUCACAUCUACGAUCAGAAGGGCUGGGAGGGGACCUUCGCAAUUGCGAAGCUCAGGAUCGCAAUUACAAUAAGAACAUGCCGCAUUUGCGAACAUCUGUUCGCUUUUGCGAUGAUAGCAGGCCAGGCCAUUCUUCGCAUUUGCGAAGUAAUGUCCGCAUUUGUGAGUUCGCAUUUGCGAACCCCUAA